GCUCAGGAGUCGCAGGAGGGAGGGCAGAUUCCCCCCCCACCCUCGCCCCUCCCAGACCCUUAACCCUCUCUAACUCCGGCCCGGCCCUUACCCGCACUCUACCCCAUUUCCAGGCACCCUCCCCACUGUUCUGGGCGGAGGAGACUAGGGUUCAAAGCUUUAGGUCCCUCGGGGGUGGGGGGAGAGCAGGCCGGCAGGUGGGAGAGGCAGCAGGUGUGGGCGUGUGUGACACAAGGCUGGGAGAGUGUCUGAAGGAGGUGUUACGUGCGUGAGCGCCUGUCAUUCCUUGUGUGUGUCUGUGUGUGUGUAUGUGUGUGCACCUCCCACAGCUGAUUGCAAAGUGCCCUAGGCUUGGUGACAGCCAGGGUGAAUGUGAUUGCGUGUGUGGCUAUGCAAUUGUAUGAUCUUGUCAGAUGUUUGAGUGAGGUUAUGUAGGACCCUGAUUGUACUAAUGAAGUUGUUUUAACCAUGUGUCUCUGUUCUAUAUGCAACUCUGUGCUUUAAGUGUGUGAUUCUGUAUGAAGUGGCAUAUGACUACCAGAAUGUGUCAGGGCUUCACUUUAUGGUGAUGUGUCUCUUUGUAACACUUUAUUACUGUGAACCUCCUGGGACAGGCAUUUGUUAAAGUGGGUUGUGUCGUUUUGUGAUUGUGAGACUAUGUGGGUUAUACUGGCGUUUGAUGCUGAUUGUGUACUUUUGUGUGGUGAUGUCUGCAGUGGGGCUCUGUGAGUGUUUAUGACGCGUUUUACCCUUGCUGCCUCUCUGGCUUCCUGGUGCAGAAGGGGGUCAUUAGUGCACACCGCUGCUUCCCCAUGUUUUCUGCAAAUAGCCCAGGUGGACCUAAGGAGGAACUCUAGUCUCCAGCUGCCCAGACUGGCUCCCAGGAGCAGCAGUUGGCCCCUGUGGGGAGGCUUUGGUUAGUGCUGGGUCAGCCCCCCCAAAAAGUACUCAGAGAUCAUUCUUACAAUUGAAGCUCUUUCGGCCCCCAACAGCCCUCUCAGAACUUCACCCAAACCCAGAGAAAAACACCCUCUUGCCUCCCUUCCAGACCCAGAUAUAGAAGCUCUAGGCCUGGGAGGUACCAUAGGGCCUCCCCAAACCACUUAGCUGCCCAGGCAUCGUCUCUCUCCCACAGUAGGGAGGUAUGUGAGACCAGUACAUCUGUGCCUGUGCAUAUUUCUGGGUUUGGUAGGCAGAUCCAUGUGUUUGUGUGGGUGACUGUGUCACCUUGUGUACAUUUCCAUGUACGUGUGUGUUUCUGUCUCUCAUUGUGCAGCCUGCUCAAGAACCUCAACAGAGAAUGGGAGGAGGGAGACUGUCUCCCCUGUGUCUGAAAUGAGCUGGGGAGGUGAAGGGAAGUUUUGAUCCUCUUCUGUCUUGAGAGAAGUGAGGUUAAGAAUUGGGGAGAGGGAGAGGACUAGGCUGUAAUGCCUUGAGAAAGUGUCUCCCCCACUCAUUGACCCUAGAGAGGUCAUAGUCCCUAUGCCGAGACCCGCAGAAGGGGGAGCCCUUCCACUCAGGCAGGCCCUAGAUGUGUCUCAAAACUGGUUGGAAUUCAAAGGUCCAGCUGUCUGGCUCUGCUUUGAACUCUGUUCUCACCAACUCAGGAUUUUGAGAGUAGUAAGGGCCCCGGGGCCCUCAUUAACACCACAUUAGUUACUGUUUACUUCCUGCUUUAAUUGAUUCUUCCUUUAGUGGAAUCAUCCCCUCCCCACUUGGCUAUUUGAAUCAGAUUGGAUGAAGGUGGGGAAGCGCUCGUGUUGAAAGGUGCAGGAAUGAAGUGUGAGUACCAGCUAUGUAUAACUUUUGCUCUCUGGGGCUCACUUGUCUCAUCUGUAAAAUGGGGAAUACCACUGCCUGCCUCCCACGGGAAAUAGGUCAAAUCUUGACGAGCGUCAAGAAUCGCGUUCCAUAUCAUCAGCAUCCUCGCUGUAGAUAGCUCCACACACGACUAGGAAAGUAGAAAUAGGGCUACCGGGAGCUCUCCUUUCCAAGGAGGUCUUACCUUACAGCGGGAGACAAAUGGGGUUGGGACGCCGACGUUCAAGGCGCUGGAUGAUUUGAGACGCCUGAGCUGAAGCCUGAAGGGGAGUCGUUGUCCGCGGUGCUGAAGAUCGCGCAGGGCGAAGGUGCAGCCGGGCCGUCCGAGUUCCCAGAUUUCCUUUCCCGUGCAGGCGGGAUUCCUUGGAUCAGACUUGAGGGUAGUCUUUGGCUCCCGUCAUCCUGGCCCAUCAGGCUGACAGAGAGGGGGCCCUAAAGUCAUACCUCAGGACAUCCUGGGGGCCCUCGACCGCUUUCCUUCUCUACUCCCACCCCAGGCUCGAAACAAAACUGGGGAGACUUCUGGGGGAAAAAAAUCCCAGCCCCGCCCUGCCUCUAACCCUUUCAGUCUUCCGAGCCGAGCAGGUCCGCUUGUUAGUGCGGGAGGGUGGGGAAAGGCAGCGAUCAGCAGCGGUUCUGUCCUAGCCGGAAGUGAAGAAAGGACUGGAGAUGAGAGAGUUGAGACCUGGCUGGCUAAGGCCUGAGCUUGGGUCCUUGGACCUGGGAUCUCCGGAGUCCCGUCCCUCUGGCCAUAGAUAUCGUUCCCCGGACAGGGGCGCCCCCGUGUGGUGUUAGAGGAGCCACGCUGCUGCUUCUGGCUUAGUGGAGCUGAUUCCGAAAGGGAAUGUCGCCAGAUCAAGUGGUGAGAUUUGCGUGGAGUUUGCAGUUGACUCUCGCCUCACCUAUGUAGGAUUUUUAUCCAAAAAUAUGGAAUCCCAGUCGGAGGAGUGGGACUAUGUCUCCUGUAGGCUCUCCCAGCAGUUUGAAAUCAUUAUUGGGUCCUGGAAGGGUUUACUUUGGGUAUAAUCCAGGAAAAAGGGGUCAGGGCCGGCACUGAGGGGGGUUUCUUCUUCCUCCUCUCCUGAUGCAUUUGACUGGCUGUCAGCGUAUGAUGGGAAAAUGUGUGAACCUGCUGCACCAGGACAGAGGGACACAAAACAGUUAUGAGAGAAGGGGAUUCAGAGCCAGGAGACAGAGACCAGCAGGGGCACAUCCCUGCUGCCUCCUCUUUGCCAUCCUAAUACACUGGCCAAUUCUUCCUUCUCCCUCCUGCUCUCUCUCCCAUUGGUCUAGGAAGUCUGAAAGUGUGGGAAGUUACCAUGACAACUGUGUCCUCUUACCCUUUCGCAUCUCCGUAUCAAACUGAGAGGAGGAGGGGUGCGACAGGCAGAGAAGGGGGAGCUGAAGAGGGGCAGUAAAAGAUAAGGUUUAUUCCCCUUCCAGCUCCCUUUUCAAAAUCCGUGGGUGCUCCAUUCCCCGUCAGAAAUCCAGAAAACAUUUCCAGAGAAGGCUGUGAGUAGAGUCCGUCCCCCCGUUACCGCUGUCGCCACCUCGCACCAGCAGAGGAACUUUGGGGACGGGUGCUUCAGAUGAUGGGGACAUGGUGAGUUCCCCUCAUGUGGCCCGGAGAAGAUAGGGAACGGAAUGAGGCUCUCAUGUCUUAAGAUCCUCGUCUUGCCGGUCCGCCCCUCCGGCGCCGCCCACUCAGGGCCCACUAGGAUGAGGGCGGAGACUGGACCGCCCAGGGCCUUGGGGGCGGAGCUUGGCUGCUGCGCUCUCUGCCGAACCAUGAACCGAUGCCCCCGCAGAUGCCGGAGCCCGUUGGGGCAGGCAGCGCGAUCCCUCUAUCAGCUGGUGACUGGGUCACUGUCGCCAGACAGUGUGGAGGAUGAGUUUGAACUGUCCACCGUGUGUCACCGGCCUGAGGGCCUGGAGCAGCUGCAAGAGCAAACCAAGUUCACGCGCAAGGAGUUGCAGGUCCUGUACCGGGGCUUCAAGAACGAGUGUCCCAGCGGAAUCGUCAAUGAGGAGAACUUCAAGCAGAUUUACUCCCAAUUCUUUCCUCAAGGAGACUCCAGCACAUAUGCCACUUUUCUCUUCAAUGCCUUUGACACCAACCAUGAUGGCUCGGUCAGUUUUGAGGACUUUGUGGCUGGUUUGUCAGUGAUUCUUCGGGGAACCAUAGACGACAGGCUGAACUGGGCCUUCAACCUGUAUGACCUCAAUAAGGAUGGCUGCAUCACCAAGGAGGAAAUGCUUGAUAUCAUGAAAUCCAUCUAUGACAUGAUGGGCAAGUAUACAUAUCCUGCACUCCGAGAGGAGGCUCCAAGGGAACAUGUGGAGAGCUUCUUCCAGAAGAUGGACAGGAACAAGGAUGGCGUGGUGACCAUUGAGGAAUUCAUUGAGUCUUGUCAAAAGGACGAGAACAUCAUGAGGUCCAUGAAGCUCUUUGACAAUGUCAUCUAGCUCCCCAGGAGAGGGGAUCAGUGAUCCUGGGGGGACCAUCCUAUAGUCCUAGUGCAGGUGGACUGCACCCUUUUCUUCCCAGGUCUGUCCUCAUCCUAGCCCUGCCCUGGGGGCUGUAGGAAUCCAAGAGCCUGGGGAUUCAGUGGUCCAGAUCUGUGGAGCUGAAGGGGUCAGGGAAUGGGGAGAGCAUAUCUGCGGGGUGUUCCCAGCUCCCAACAGCUCUUACUCCCUUUCUGCCUGACACUCAGUGUUGAGGGUGCCCCUGCUAUAGAAGUUGAGUGGUUCUCCACCUUCCACCCCAACUCUAGAAACCACAACACUAGACAAAAUGUCUCCUGCUAUGGUGCUUCCCCAUCCCUGAUCUCAUAAACAUUUCCCCUAAGACUCCCUUCUCAGAGAGGCUGCUCUGUCCUUGGCACUGACUGGCCUUUCAGACCAGGGCCUUUGAGAGCCCUGUAGGAGGGGGACAAGAAUGUAGAGGGAGAAAUCCUGGGCCUGAGCCAGUGGUCCUAGGAGGUGGCUGGGGUAGAGAGCAGAAAGUCCUGGAGAUUGUCAGUGAGAGCUCAGGCAUGCCAGGCUGUGGAACUCUGAGCUCCAUAGGUCUGCUGUCCCAAGCCAUGAGGAUAUGAGUUUCCAGGUUCUUCAGAAAACCUUGUCUUCUUGGAAACACCACAGAAAUUUUCCAUACCAUGUUCAGUAUCCCAGGAGAGCCUGGGAUCCUAAUGUCUCACUCAUCCCUGGAAAUCCUUCCUCUCCUUCCUUCCUGUUUGUAUGGUGGUGGUGGCAGCAGGGGAAAUAUGGGUGGGAGAUGUCCUGGCUGAUACCUGCCAAAGUUCCAGCCUACCCUCUCUGAUGGCUACAAUUUAAGUUUUCAUUUGCCAUUUCCUCUGGAGGCAUAGAGUAAGUCAGGGACUAUCCAGUGGAUACCCUAGAAGGAGGGAGGCAGGCAUAGCAUCUGAACCCAGUGUGGGGGCAUUCAUUAGAAUCUUUGAUUUACCCAGGCUCUAUUCCAAGCCCCCACAUAACCUCCUCAGUUCCCACUUAGAGUCUCCUUUUGCUCUAUUGAAUCAACCCAGAGAUGCCCCUGAGCACACCUAGAAGGCAGGGACCAUAGGACCCAGGUCCCACCUCAUUGUCAGCACCCCUACCAUGCUGCCACCCCUUAAUACACUUGCUUGUCCCAUUUAGCUGACCCUCCCAGUCAGCCAGGAUCUGAGGGGAAGGGCCCCCAGAGAACCCCUUUUCUCAUCAGAACACUGUUGACUGCUUUGCAUUUUUGGCUCCUCUGUAUAUUUUGUAAAAUAAGAAAUACACCAGAUCCAAUAAAACACAAUGGCUAUGCA